AUGUCGUUAACAGGAGGCUGCAUAGACGGCCGCAUCAAAGACUGCUGCCGUCCUUCCGAUUGGAUGGAAGUUUUCGAUCCAAAAUCAAAAACUUGGGAGAUUGUGCCAAGCAAUGGUGCUAAGAUAUGUGGCUGUAAUAUAAGUAAAAGCGCAGGAGCUGAUGGAAAAUUGUACAUGUUUGGGAGCUGUAACGGUUUGUCUUACGAAGCAAGAGAAGGUAGAUGGGGAAGGCUGGGAUGGGAGAUGGAUUAUGGUUGGGUUUGGUAUUCUAAUUCUGUGAUUGGCGAUGUGCUCUACAUGUUUAACGAGAAUGUGUUCAAAUGGUAUGACGGUAAGGCGGGAAUUUUGAAAGGUAUGAAAGGAUUGCCUAAGAUUCCUUGGUAUAUUGCUAGAUUGGCUGAUUACGGUAGGAAGAUGGUUGUGUUGUGGGAGAGGCUUGUGGCGUAUAAGGAGAAGCUGAUUUUGUGCGCGGUGAUUGCGCUUGACUGA